AUAAAUCUCAGCUAUGGCAGUUCAAAGUGUGUUAAGGAGUGUCUUACUCACUGGCCUGAAGAAUGUGCAUUUACCUCAGCCAGCAACAGUAAACUUGCAAGGUUCACUUAUUGUGUGUGGAAAUAUUAUACAAAGCCCCACCCUGGCUCAUCCAUCAUGCAGUAUAUUAUCAACAUCUUCAAAAUUUGUAUAUUAUCACCAUCUUCAUUCUCCAUUUGAAGGAAAUCUUGCAUCAUGGGUACCAAUGAAGAAAGGAGCAGAUAUGCAAGUUGUGAGAAGUUAUAAGGAAAUUAGUGUUAAAAUACUUUCUCAUUUAAAGAGUUCUUAUCAAAAUACAAAGAAAGAACUGUACAGUAAAGUUGUUAAUGUCAUUCAGAGAACUUCUAAACCUAAAAUUAAGUUGUACAAGUGCAUAAGAAUAGAAAAAGUUAUUUUUGGAUCAUUGUUUUUUGGUCCUUUACAAAUAUUUAGUAAACCACAAGAAGAGAAAACUGUUAAUGUUGAGUUUCCCAAGAAGAAAGAGAGAAAGAAAAUUGGAAAGUGGUUGAAGAUGCUGUUAAGUGUGUAUGAGGUUCUGUCCCUUAUUCUUAGAACAUUUCGUCUUGUCAUGACUUUUGGCCCAGUUUUAGCCCUCUACCCUCUUACAUACCUAGGCAAAACUGCUACUGAUGUCUGGUGGAAGCUGCUGUUAGCAGCCAUAGAAAUGUCUGGUCCUAUCCUCCUUAAGCUGGGCCAGUGGGCAUCUACAAGGAGGGACAUUUUUCCUGACUCUUGCUGUUCCCAAUUUUCACGCCUUCAAAGACGUGUCAAACCUCAUUCAUGGAAAUACACGGUGACCCAAAUGAAAAAAGCUUUUGGCCCCAACUGGAGAAAGAUUUUUGUUAAAUUUGAUAAUGAUUGUAAUCCCAUUGGUUCUGGCUGUAUUGCUCAGGUUUAUAAAGUAUGGAUGUGCUCAGAAGCCAUUCAUGACAGUGAGAUUCUUGAGGAAAUUCUCUCAGAAAUGGAUGAUGAUAGUCCCAGUAUAGAUGAAGGAAGUGAAGCAUCACAUGGGGAAGAAAUAAAUGAGACACCUGAAGAAGCUAAUCUCCUAUCUAUAGCAGAAAAUUUAGCCAAUGAUGUAUUAAACAUUGACGAGCAAGCUCCGGUGGAUUCUGACGUGUUGGAGGAUGUAGAGAGAGAGGCAGCUGAGGAUGUGCCCCCACACUCUCUAGUGGAGGAGUGGCAGGAAAGUGGUCUUGACAAAUCUCUGCCAAUGGAUGAGGCUCCGCCAGAGGACUUGGAUGGACUUGUACCUGUGGCCAUUAAAAUUCUUCACCCAGGUGUACAGUCAGCCUUUGGGAGGGAUCUUCAGAUAAUGAAAGCUUGUGCCUGGUUUAUCACAUUCAUCUUCCCACCUAUCAAGUGGCUUUCUCUUCCUCAGUGUGUAGAUGAGUUUGCUGAAGUUAUGGCUGCCCAGUUAAACCUGGGGACAGAAGCUGAAAAAUUUGGGAAAAAUUUUCAGAAAAUUUUUUUGAUUCCUUUUUUCAGAUUUCCUAACCCGCGACCAUAUGUGACUAAAAAGCAAGUGUUAGUGGAGACAUAUGAGGAUGGGCAGCCAAUGAUUGACAUUAUACGGUCUACUGAAACAGAAACUUCAGAAGAGCUGAAAAAACGAUUGGCUGAGAUUGGUGUCGAUGCACUGUUGAAAAUGGUAUUUGUAGACAACCUAGUCCAUGGAGAUUUGCAUCCAGGAAAUAUGCUAGUGCAGAAUAACAAUUUGGGCCAAGAUGGUGACACCUGUAGCACCAGGGACAACUUACGCAUCAUGAUGGUUGAUGUCGGGUGUGACACUUUUGUCAUGGAUGUUCAGCCAGAUCCUAAUCCUCUGCGUAUCUGCCUUUUGGACUGUGGUAUUGUGUCAAAACUCAGUGAACAAAAUCUAGCCAACAUAAAGGCUGUAUUUAAGCAAGUUGUGCUUGGAGAUGGUGACUCAGUGGCAGAGCUGUUCUUGGAUAAAAGUGAUCAUCAGUGCCAAAAUCCAGAAGCAUUUAAGGCAGAAAUAACAGAACUUGUGCAAACAGCCAGAGAAAAUACUAUUUCUCUUGGACAGGUGGAUGUGGGAAGCCUGCUACAGCAGGUCUUGAGCAUUCUUUUGAGGCAUCAUGUGCGUUUGGAGUCAGCAUUCAGUGCAGUUGUACUGGCAAUAUUUGUCUUGGAAGGCCUCGGAAGAACACUAGAUCCAGACAUGGAUAUAUUAGAAAGAGCUAGACCAAUAUUAGUAAGAGGAGAAAUUUUUUGAAUGGCUUUCUAUCCCUUAUGAAAAUUUGUUCUCCUUCAACACUUACAAAUAAAACCUACCAGUAAUUUAAAUUUAACCCUUGCAUUGUCUGUGCCAUAGUACUAUGGGCUUGAGGUCACUGUCAGUGCUGUAGUACUAUGCCAUGAGCUCAGCUCACACACAUAAGCUGUAAGUGAUAAAUUUGGGCCUAGAUAUGAGAGAAUGGGUCUAUGCGGUAAGUGUACACCAUAUAAAAAAAGUUCUGCAGCACACAGUGCAUAAUGAGAAAAAACUGCGACAGUGUUUUUGGUUUAAAAUGGCGAAUUUGUGGUGUAUUUUCACAUGAUUUUUAUGGUUAUAUUCUCCGUUUCUUGGUCUCUCGUGAUAGAAUGGAAGAUAUAUUACAGAAAUAAAAAUUAUUUUGAUUGGUUUCAGGACUGAAUAUAGCUUGGAAUUAAGCACAAAGUAGUGGAAAUGUUUGAUUUUUGCCAAUAUUCAAGAGUAAACAAAUCACGUCUCUUGUUCAAUACACAUCCAGCUGAUCAGUCUAAUGUGUGUUCAUGAAUGCGCUGAUGUUAUUUAUACAUUUAUUACAAUAUUGUGUGUGAAUAUCAAAAUGGAAUUCAUAUAUAAAGCCUUUGAAAGUAACUACUGAACAGAGGAAAUGUUAUUUUAGUGCCAGGAAUGACUGUAUUGUUUAGUCUGUACUCUAUUUCAAAACUGAUAUAUUUUGAAAUUUGUGUGAAACUGGCCAAAUUACCAAUUUCUGAUCACUUUAUUGGGUAUUUGAAAUAGUUGAUUGGGUGGUUUCUUGUGCUCAAUUGAUAAAAUAGAAGACAUUAGCACAAUAGCCAAGAAUUUGGUCUACUGGAACAUUGUAAUUGGCCUAAAAUAGGACUCAAAGUGGGCAAAAUCACCGAUGCAUAAAUAUCGCUGACACAGCAAAAUUCGCAAAAGCGUAAUUUCGUCAAUUUUCCAUUAAAUUUCAUACUUUUUAUUUUAUUACCCUCAGGAAAAGUGUCUUUACCAUUUUGUGAGAAAAAAUAAGUUUUUUUUUUUUAAAUUGUUCACCGCUGUAGACAGGCUUCAGAUUGGGAGUCUGGACAAUGAACAAAAACAAAAUGGACAAAAACAAAACAAUCAAAAAAUCAAAACCCCUACUCACACCAACUGAAACAGCAAACAGACUCAAUGUUUUCUUCUCCACCAUAGGAAAGAAUCUAGCGAGCAAAAUCCCAAGCUCAAACACCUGUCCAUCAGACUACCUCACAGGCACCUACCUGAAUACACAAUUCCUAGCCCCAACCAACCCAACAGAAGUCUCGCUCAUCAACACCCUUAAAAACAAGGCAGAAGACAUACACAACUUGACACCUUUUAUGUACAAGAAAGCUUCACAAGUACUUUCACCAAUUAUUGCAACACUCUUUAGCAAAUCCUUCGAAUCCUCCACCUUCCCAGCAAUUCUCAAAAUAGCAAGGGCCACCCCGAUCCACAAAGGAGGUUAUCAGACUUGAAUAACUAUAGACCAAUAUCUAACUUACCUCUGCUCUCUAAAAUCUUUGAAAAAUUAAUUCAUAGACAGGCUUUAGGAAAGGUAGGGGGUGUGUGGACCAGGUGUUUACAGUGAAACAUAUAAGUGAACAGUAUUUAGAUAAGGCUAAAGAGGUCUUUGUGGCAUUUAUGGAUUUGGAAAAGGCGUAUGACAGGGUGGAUAGGGGGGCAAUGUGGCAGAUGUUGCAGGUGUAUGGUGUAGGAGGUAGGUUACUGAAAGCAGUGAAGAGUUUUUAUGAGGAUAGUGAGGCUCAAGUUAGAGUAUGUAGGAAAGAGGGAAAUUAUUUCCCAGUAAA